AAACCGAGAGAGAGAGAGAGGGGGGGGGGGGGGGGGGGGGGGGGCGCCGGAGACGGAGACGGAGACGGAUUGAGCAAUGGCAGGAAAGCCCAUAAUCAAAGUGGCUGCGCUAUGCGGGUCCCUCCGCAAAGGCUCCUACAACCGCGGGCUCCUCCGCUCCGCUAUUGAGAUAUCGAAGGAGUCGAUCGAUGGGAUGCAGAUUGAGUACGUGGAGGUUUCCCACCUGCCGAUGAUCAACACCGACCUCGAGGUCGACGGCAAGUACCCAUCGGCAGUCGAGGAGUUCCGGCAGAAGAUUCUCCGGGCCGACAGCGUCUUCUUUGCCUCCCCUGAGUACAACUACUCCGUCUCCCCGGUUUUGAAGAAUGCGAUAGACUGGGCUUCAAGGCCGCCGAACGUGUGGGCUGGGAAGGCUGCUGCUGUGGUGAGCGCAGGGGGAGAUCUCGGAGGCGGGAGAGCUCAGUACCAUCUCCGACAAAGCGGUGUUUACUUAGAUCUCCACUUCAUCAACAAGCCCGAGCUCAUGGUGCGUGCCUUUCAGCCACCUGCAAAGUUCGAUCAAGAGGGCAACCUGAUCGAUCCUCAGGUCAAGGAGAACCUGAAAAAGGUUCUCCUCGCGCUUCACGACUUCUCUCUUCGACUCGUGGGCCGCGCAUAAAUGCAGUAUUGCUGUGAUUAUUGGAAAUUCUGGGGUCGUCUGCUCCUGAUUUUAGAUUGUUUGGUCAACUUACGGGUUUCUUUCUUCGUUCACUUCCUCGUGUAUAUAACUCAUUAUUCACUGCGAUGAAUUUCUCAAAUAAAUAAAAGAAAUAUGGUAGUGAGCCACUGAAUUUGUUCA